AUGCACUGUGACUACACUCGACGUCGUGUGAGCACCCUCGCCGUCGUGCGAGCUCCUGCGACAUCGCGCGAUCUACUUCGACCUGCUCCGCUCACACCCCCGCCCCCGCUCCCACCCCUGCCUGCGCCCCCGCCCCCGUUCCCGCCCCCGCCCCCGCUCCUGCCCGUACCCCCGCCCUCGCACCUACGCACCCCUGCACCUACGCACCCCUGCACGCACGCGCGCGCCCAUCCCCCUGCCCGCGCACGCACCCGCGCACGCACUGGCGCGCAACCGCACACAUCCGCACUCCCUGUGUUCGCCGUCGUCCCCGUUUUCACACCUGGAUGCUGCCCAACACCUGUAAUAUAA